CCUCAAGGGCGGGAGGUUGAUUUUGGGGGGUAGGUGGGAGAUGGGGAGGGAGAGGGGUGGGGGAGAAGAACCCCCUCUUUCCAGCUCUCUCCCCGGCGGCUGCUAAGGGCCCCUCUUUCCCAAGCAACCCAAUCAAAGAACCAUGUUCCUGACCUGCGGAAUGGUUCCAGCCGCCACCGCCAUGGAUUACAAUGGAGAUUUCCAAGCCGGCUACCAGGAAAUCGACGGCAUCAGUUUGGGCUACGUGCAGAUCAACGGCACACGGAUGUUCGCUCUGACUCAGGUCUUCAGCGACCUGUUUAAGGACAUUCCCAGGGCCACCGUCAGCAAGAAGAUGGAAAGCCUCAAGAUCCAGAGCCGCCGCUGCGACCUGAAGGAGCUGCGCACCCUCAAAGCCAUCCACUCGGUGCCGAUGCGCGCUGUCAAGUGCUCCCUCAUCUCCAAGGCAGACCUGGAGGCCCUGCGCACCUCCUGCCAGGCCUUGGCCCCCAGGAGGAGAAAGAGGAGAAAGAAAAGCAAGCGCGGGGAGCCCGGGGACUUCCUCGGCCGGCCUCGCUUGCUCGCCCAGUACAGCGCGCCCGACAGCGCCUUCAGCGCCAAGGCGGGGACCGGCGGCGCCCCUCGAGACGCGCUCUUCGGGGAGCCUUUCGCUCGAGCCUACAGGAAAGCCACGCAACCCCCCAAAAGCUACAGCCGGGGUGGCAGAGAGCAGCUCCUGGCCGGCGUGCUGAGCGCCUACCCCGACGACCUGCAGCUCUUGCACUCCGCCGUCCGGGCGCACAGGACUAGCCAAACGCCCGGCCAGCCCAACGCCCGACGUCCCAAGCACUCGGCUUGCAGCUGCCUGGCCAAGGAGAAGGGGCGAUCGGCGUCGCUGGCCGGCUCCAAGCGGCAAGGCACGUCGGCCGGCUACUCCAGCGACUCGGAUUCGAGCGGCGCGUCCAGCCUGGCCAGUUCCAGCGAUUCGUCGGAAGACGAGGACGACUCGUCGUGCAGCAGCGAAGAAAGCAGCUCGUCCGGCUCGGAGAGCAGCUCCCUGUGCAGCGGGGACUCGGUGCAAAGCACCCGCUACAGACAGGCGGCCCUGCCCCGCGUCCCCCCGCCAGCAGCCUCGUCCCCAGCUUUGCCGGGAGUAGCCAAAGUCUUGCGCCCUGACCCGAAUCUGCUCUUUUGGGCCCGGACGCUGCGCGCCUCCACUUUGGAAAGUUUCAAGCCUGUGCCAAGCGGGGCGCCCAAGGAGCCGCAGCGGGAAGAGCAGGAGGCGAAAGGCUCUCCGGGCGCCCCAGCCCAGGGCAGCAGCACUCGGGAGGGCCCGCAGCCAAAGAACGAAGGCUUUAGGGAAGCCUCGGAAGCGUGCGUCCGGGCGCGGGACCAGCUCUCCAAGGAUGCCGCCCGCCCGAGCGCCGGAGAGGAGCUCCGCCUCGGCGACUCAGCCAAGGAGGCUGCGGAAUCGACUCUCCAGAAAGACUCCAAGGCAGGGUCGGGGCGGGAGGCGCACUUCGACCGGCUCAUCAGGCAGUCCAAGCUGUGGUGCUACGCCAAAGGCUUCAACGUGGACGGCAAAGGGUUGCGCCGGGCUGAGCAGGCCAAAGGAAGCGCCUGCGCUUCUAGAAGCGGCCUCCUCGCCCUGGCCGACAAGCCUUUGAAAGGCGGCGGCGAGUUGGAAAGGAACGCCAAACGCAGGCGCGCCGAGCGGGAUAGGCCGGCCAAGGGGAGGCCCCCGAAGAUCCCCAGGAAGGCGAUCAAAAAGGGGGCCAGCCCGCCCUGCAGACGCUUGCUCAACGCCACUCCAGCGCCUGCCAGGCAUCCUUUUACGCUGAUGGGCACGUUCCCCUGCACGCCCGCCUUGGUCGUGGGCUCCGAUGGGGAUCUCUGCCCGGCCUCUUCCCUGUGCGUAAAAGACUCGCCGCGCGCCCUCUCCAAAACGCACCCGCUUUGGACCUGGCAGGUGGGCAGCAAUGCCAUCCCCGUCCCUCCCAGCCUGAAGUUCCGGGGAUACACUUUGGAUGACUUCUAAA